AUGGAAGUGAGAUGUCGUCCAGCGGUGUUGUGUUGUGUUUUCGCGAUCUUCUUCUCGGUGGUGUCCCGGUCGCUGGGCUCCUCUUUCGGGGACAGACAGUACCUGAACGAGUGGGCAGUGGAGAUCCCGGGCGGACUGGCUGCUGCAGAGGCGAUCGCCAAAGAGCUGGACUACAAACUGGUCCGACAGAUCGGGGCCCUGGAAGACCAUUUCUUGUUCAAACACCGCAAUCAUCCUAGCAGAAUGAAACGAAGUGCCAACCACAUCACCAGGCGGCUGUCUGAGGAUGACCGGGUGCUGUGGGCAGAGCAGCAGUACGAGAAACAACGCAACAAGCGAGCGUCCCUCGGGGAGUGUAGGGACUGCCCAGUGGAUAAGCUGUUUGAUGAUCCCAUGUGGAACCAGCAGUGGUACUUGCAAGACACACGGACUUCUUCCUCGCUGCCGAAACUCGACCUGCAUGUGAUCCCCGUGUGGCAGAAAGGCAUCACAGGAAAAGGAGUGGUCAUCACCGUUCUGGAUGACGGGCUGGAGUGGAACCACACGGACAUCUACUCCAACUACGAUGCAGCAGCCAGCUACGACUUCAACGACAACGACCCCGACCCUUUCCCCAGAUACGACUCCACUAAUGAAAACAAACAUGGGACCAGGUGCGCUGGGGAGAUAGCUAUGCAGGCUGACAACAAUAAAUGUGGUGUUGGAGUGGCAUUUAACUCCAAGGUUGGAGGGAUUCGUAUGCUCGAUGGGAUUGUGACUGAUGCCAUCGAGGCCAGCUCUAUUGGGUUCAAUCCAAACCAUGUGGACAUCUACAGUGCCAGCUGGGGACCCAACGACGAUGGCAAGACAGUGGAGGGCCCUGGACGCCUGGCCCAGAAGGCUUUUGAAUACGGUAUCCAGAAGGGCCGUGGUGGGAAAGGCUCUAUCUUUGUUUGGGCAUCAGGUAAUGGUGGGCGCCAGGGUGAUAACUGUGACUGCGACGGUUACACAGACAGCAUCUACACCAUCUCAAUCAGCAGCGCCUCCCAGCAGGGCCUGUCCCCGUGGUACGCAGAGAAGUGCUCCUCCACUCUGGCUACAGCAUACAGCAGUGGAGACUACACCGACCAGAGGAUUACGAGUGCCGAUCUACACAAUGAGUGCACUCAGACUCACACUGGAACGUCGGCCUCUGCCCCACUGGCUGCUGGAAUAUUUGCCCUUGCACUUGAACAAAACCCAGAUCUUACCUGGAGAGACCUGCAGCACAUUGUGGUCUGGACCUCAGAGUUCGACCCUUUGGCCAAUAACCCAGGCUGGAAGAGGAACGGAGCAGGGUUGAUGGUCAACAGCCGUUUCGGCUUCGGCCUUCUCAACGCUAAAGCUCUGGUGGACCUGGCUGACCCGGCCACGUGGAAGCAUGUGCCUGAAAAAAAGCAAUGCAUUGUCAGGGAUGAUUCUUUUCAGCCCAGGGUGCUGAAAGCAGCAGGGGCGAUCACUAUAGAGAUUCCAACCAAAGCCUGUGUGGGGCAGGAGAACGCAGUCCGCUCAUUGGAGCAUGUGCAGGUGGAGGCCAGCAUCGAGUACACCAGGAGAGGGGACCUGCACAUAACACUCACCUCCCCAGCCGGCACCAGUACAGUGCUGCUGGCUGAGCGAGAGAGGGACACGUCCUCUAAUGGCUUCAGGAACUGGGACUUUAUGUCCGUCCAUACAUGGGGAGAAGAUCCUGCUGGUACAUGGACCAUAAAGAUCACAGAUACUUCGGGCCGCAUGCAGAAUGAAGGACGAAUUUUGAGUUGGAAGCUGAUUCUUCAUGGGACGUCAGAGAAGCCAGAGCACAUGAAGAAACCUCGGGUGUAUAUUCCUUACAACGCUGUGCAGAAUGACCGCCGUGGUGUGGAACAUAUGGAUGACAUGUUGGAGGAGCCCACACAGGCCUUCCCGCCUCCAAAGCCUGAGACAGCAAAAGCCUCCCCUCCUUCCAGCCCAGAGAAGGAGUCUAAAAAGCCCGUAAAUCCACCUUACUCCCCCUCCCUGGCCCUUUUGCGUCUCCUUCAGACUGCCUUCAACAGGCAAACACCUGCCCUGCAGCAGCCACAGUCCGUAGCCAGGGCCUCCUCCGCCUGGAGGAAGCAGCAGGCGGGCCGGAAACUCUCUCCUCCUGCAACAAGACUCCCCCCUCAGACAUUAUACCAGGCUCUGGACAUGAUCAACAAGUACCAAGGCCCUGAGGACAGUGUCUACAGUGACUACACUGAUGGCUUCUACAGCAUCAAACCAUACAGGCACAGAGAUGACCGACUGCUGCAGGCCCUGUUUGAGAUGAUAGAUGAUGAGCACAAGUGA